AUGGAUGAAAGCAGCGACCCGGAGUUCAGUGGUGGGGUGGAAGUCAAGGAGAGAGUUGUCAACAAAAAAUUUAUCGCAGCAGCCCUGGGAAACUGGCUGGAGUGGUACGAUUUCGGUGUGUAUGCAGCGCUGGCCGAUCUCCUGGGUCAGCACUUCUUUCCAGAUCACGAUGCAUCUGUUCAGGUGAUGCAGUCGUUUCUUGCUUUUGCUGCGGGCUACAUUUCCCGACCUGUGGGUGGUAUUCUCAUCGGCAUCAUUGGAGAUAGACUUGGACGCAAGUGCGCUUUGUGGACCUCCAUUCUGCUAAUGAUGUUUCCCACCUUCUUCAUCGGUUGCUUGCCGACCUACCAGACCGCAGGCUGGCUAUCAACCAUCCUUUUGGUUAUUCUGCGCUUGCUGCAAGGCAUUGCCAUCGGCGGUGAGUACGUGAGUGCAUUGGUGUUUAGCAUGGAGCACGCACCGGGCCAGAACAAGACAAUCUCGGGUGCUUUGAUGUCUGUCUCUGUUGCAGUGGGCACCUUCUCUGGAUUUGGAGUUGUCGUGCUGAUGCGUCAUGCGCUCUCCGCUGAAGCCAUGGCGAGCAUUGGAUGGAGAAUUUGCUUCUGGCUCGGUUUGGUCGUCGGUAUCGUGGGUAUCUUCUUGCGGCGGCAGGUUGCUGAUCCACGGGAGUUUAUAGACGCCCAGCAGGCGGGGCAACUGUCGCAACCGAUCUGGGCUGCUCUUUGGACCCACUUCCCGGAUGUUUUGCUAAUGAUCGGCGUCGAAGCCAUCACUCCUGUGACAUGGUAUCAGAAUUUCAUAUGGAUACAGCAGGUUUAUGAGGGCACAUUAACGUCUGCACCACCCAUGCCCGGUGGUGCAGAGUUGAACACCUUUAUGCAGCUGGCACCUUCCCUUUUUAUGGUUGGCAUCGCAGCAUGCCGCAGUGACUUCAACUUUCUGACUUCGGUCCGCAGGGGCAUGGCCUUGUUGGCUGCCCUUGCAGUUCCGGCAUACCUUCUCUUCGACCUGCGAGUCUUUUGGGCUGCUUUCCUGUCGCAGUCCUUCUUGGCUAUUGGAGGUGGCCUAAUUGCCUGGGGCAAUCCAUACUUGAUGCACAGUUCCUUCCCAGUGGACAUCCGUGUCAUGGCCAUGGGGAUCAGCUACAACCUGUCGGCAGCGCUGCUGGGAGGGCCCACGCCGUACAUCUGCUCUCAGCUGGUUGUCCACUUCGGAGUCCUGAGCGCAUCGAUUUGGCUUUUGUUUAUUGCGAGCUUGUCGUACACCUGCGUCUGCCUGCUGCUUCGCCGACAAGGUCGGCAGGUUGCAGCCAACAGCGAUGGCUUACAAAGCGUUAUUCCUCGACGAAUUGGCAACGCGGCAUAG